AUUUAUUUUACGUGUAACCCGGAAGUAGAAUACCACGUCUCGUAUUUGUUUCCGGUAGUGACUGUCGAAUCUUGACCCCCCGGCUUCGAGGAGGACUGUUGAUAUUUCCGGUAAUCUUCGGUGUCAUUUCAACACGUUCCAGGGUCCCGCCCCUCUCCACGUUUGGUCCCUCAUGGGCGGCUGGUCUAGCAGUGCCGUGCUGGGGCUGUACCGGGCGCUGCUCCGUGCAGGGCGUCACCUUCAGUACACAGACCGCAACUACUACCGACGCGCCGUGGCGCGCGAGUUUCGCCGCUGCCAAACACUGACGGCCCCCGAAGACAAGGAGGCGGCUCUGAAGAGGGGCCAGUUUUUCCUCAGUAGCCGACUAGGUGGGCUUAUGUAGGGGAGGGGUCGGCUGGAGGUGGGGGUAAAGGUCAUCUGCAAGUAUCUCUCCCAGGAUGGCAGGAGUGAAUGGAGACCGUAAAGGAAAGAAAGAUGACAACGGCAUCGGCACCGCCAUCGACUUCAUGCUUUCCAAUGCCAAGCUUGUUUUGGGUGUCGGCGGAGCGGCCAUGCUUGGCAUCGCAACGCUGGCUGUCAAAAG